AUGGCUGGAAAGAACAGAUCUGCAUUUAGCAUGGAGUUGACUCCUGCUUCUUCCAAUCAAAGUGCGUCACAGUCUUUUAGAAUGGGAUUUCAACGAGGAUCUGAAGGACUUAUGACACUUGGUCGAUCACUAACAUCUGGAGUCACAAAGGCGGUGUUCCCGGAGGACCUCAAAGUUUCUGAUGUAAAAAUAUUUGAUCCUCAAGACAAGAGUCUUCUGCUUUGGAACAGGCUUUUUGUCAUCUCCUGCAUUCUUGCAGUAUCAGUGGAUCCUUUGUUUUUGUUUCUUCCUGUUUUCCAGAAGGAGAACAUGUGUCUUCAUAUACAUGACAAUUUAGCAUACACAACGACAACUCUGAGGAGUGUAAUUGAUGCAUUUUACCUUGUACGCAUGGUUCUCCAAUUCCGAACAGCUUUUAUUGCACCUUCUUCUCGGGUUUUUGGACGAGGGGAACUUGUGAUUGAUCCCAAAGAAAUAGCAAACCGAUAUAUACAUCGUUAUUUUUUCGUGGAUCUGGCUUCUGUGCUACCUCUACCACAGAUUGUAGUCUGGAGGUUUUUGCACCAAUCAAAAGGUUCAGAUGUAUUGGGUACAAAAAGAGCACUAGUGAUUAUUGUGUUUGUUCAAUAUAUUCCUAGGUUCUUGCGUUUUCUGCCUCUUAUUUCAGAGUUGAAGAAGACUGCAGGUGUUUUUGCCGAAACUGCAUGGGCUGGUGCAGCUUAUUACUUGUUAUGGUUUUUGCUUGCUAGUCAUGUUUUUGGGGCCUUAUGGUACCUAUUGGCCAUUGAACGCAAAGAUACAUGCUGGGAUACAGCUUGCAGGGAAAAUCCAGAUUGUAAUCCAAGUAAUCUAUAUUGUGCUUAUGAGGUACCAAACAUCAAGGAAUGGAGAAACAUCAGCAAGGCUGUUCUUGAACCAAAAUGUGGAGCAACGGAUGAAAUAUCACAAUUUAAGUAUGGAAUAUACUUACAGGCUGUAUCAUCUGGUGUUCUUGAAUCUGAGAUGUUUGUCUCAAAAUACUUGUAUUGUUUGUGGUGGGGCCUGCAGAAUUUAAGUACACUUGGUCAAGGGCUUAUAACCAGUACAUAUCCUGGAGAAGUUAUAUUUUCUAUAACAGUAGCCAUUUUUGGGCUCCUCCUCUUUGCUCUUCUCAUUGGUAAUAUGCAGUUAUCAGCUUAG